AUGCCCUCUCACCCACUCUCAUACGCUCUCAUUUCCUCUCAUCCACUCUCAUACCCUCUCAUUCCCUCUCACCCACUCUCAAACACUCUCAUUCCCUCUAACCCAUUCUCAUACGCUCUCAUUCCCUCUCACCCACUCUCAUAUGCUCUCAUUCCCUCUCGCCCACUCUCAUACGCUCUCAUUCCCUCUCACCCACUCUCAUACGCUCUCAUUCCCUCUCACCCACUCUCAUACGCUCUUAUUCCCUCUCACCCACUCUCAUACGCUCUCAUUCCCUCUCACCCACUCUCAUAUGCUCUCAUUCCCUCUAACCCACUCUCAUACACUCUCAUUCCCUCUCACCCACUCUCAAACGCUCUCAUUCCCUCUCACCCACUCUCAUACGCUCUCAUUCCCUCUCACCCACUCUCAUACGCUCUCAUUCCCUCUCAACCACUCUCAUACGCUCUCAUUCCCUCUCACCCACUCUCAUACGCUCUCAUUUCCUCUCAUCCACUCUCAUACCCUCUCAUUCCCUCUCACCCACUCUCAUACCCUCUCAUUCCCUCUCACCCAAUCUCAUACGCUCUCAUUCCCUCCCACCCACACUCAUACGCUCUCAUUCCCUCUCACCCACUCUCAUACCCUCUCAUUCCCUCUCACCCACUCUCUUACGCUCUCAUUCCCUCUCACCCACUCUCAUACACUCUCAUUCCCUCUAACCCAUUCUCAUACGCUCUCAUUCCCUCUCACCCACUCUCAUACGCUCUCAUUCCCUCUCGCCCACUCUCAUACGCUCUCAUUCCCUCUCACCCACUCUCAUACGCUCUCAUUCCCUCUCACCCACUCUCAUACGCUCUUAUUCCCUCUCACCCACUCUCAUACGCUCUCAUUCCCUCUCACCCACUCUCAUAUGCUCUCAUUCCCUCUAACCCACUCUCAUACGCUCUCAUUCCCUCUCACCCACUCUCAAACGCUCUCAUUCCCUCUCACCCACUCUCAUACGCUCUCAUUCCCUCUCACCCACUCUCAUACGCUCUCAUUCCCUCUCACCCACUCUCUCACGCUCUCAUUCCUCUCACCCACUCUCUCACGCUCUCAUUCCCUCUCACCCACUCUCAUACGCUCUCAUUCCCUCUAACCCACUCUCAUACGCUCUCAUUCCCUCUCAUCCACUCUCAUACGCUCUCAUUCCCUCUCAACCACUCUCAUACGCUCUCAUUCCCUCUCACCCACUCUCAUACGCUCUCAUUUCCUCUCAUCCACUCUCAUACCCUCUCAUUCCCUCUCACCCACUCUCUCACGCUCUCUUUCCCUCUCACCCAAUCUCAUACGCUCUCCGUCCCUCUCACCCACUCUCAUACCCUCUCAUUCCCUCUCACCCAAUCUCAGACGCUCUCACUCCCUCCCACCCACACUCAUACGCUCUCAUUCCCUCUCACCCACUCUCAUACCCUCUCAUUCCCUCUCACCCACUCUCUUACGCUCUCAUUCCCUCUCACCCACUCUCAUACACUCUCAUUCCCUCUAACCCAUUCUGAUACGCUCUCAUUCCCUCUCACCCACUCUCAUACGCUCUCAUUCCCUCUCGCCCACUCUCAUACGCUCUCAUUCCCCCACACCCACUCUCAUACGCUCUCAUUCCCUCUCACCCACUCUCAUACGCUCUCAUUCCCUCUCACCCACUCUCAUACGCAAUCAUUCCCUCUCAACCACUCUCAUACGCUCUCAUUCCCUCUCACCCACUCUCAUACGCUCUCAUUUCCUCUCAUCCACUCUCAUACCCUCUCAUUCCCUCUCACCCACUCUCUCACGCUCUCUUUCCCUCUCACCCAAUCUCAUACGCUCUCCGUCCCUCUCACCCACUCUCAUACCCUCUCAUUCCCUCUCACCCAAUCUCAUACGCUCUCAUUCCCUCCCACCCACACUCAUACGCUCUCAUUCCCUCUCACCCACUCUCAUACCCUCUCAUUCCCUCUCACACACUCUCUUACGCUCUCAUUCCCUCUCACCCACUCUCAUACACUCUCAUUCCCUCUAACCCAUUCUGAUACGCUCUCAUUCCCUCUCACCCACUCUCAUACGCUCUCAUUCCCUCUCGCCCACUCUCAUACGCUCUCAUUCCCUCUCACCCACUCUCAUACGCUCUCAUUCCCUCUCACCCACUCUCUCACGCUCUCAUUCCCUCUCACCCACUCUCUCACGCUCUCAUUCCCUCUCACCCACUCUCAUACGCUCUCAUUCCCUCUAACCCACUCUCAUACGCUCUCAUUCCCUCUCAUCCACUCUCAUACGCUCUCAUUCCCUCUCAACCACUCUCAUACGCUCUCAUUCCCUCUCACCCACUCUCAUACGCUCUCAUUUCCUCUCAUCCACUCUCAUACCCUCUCAUUCCCUCUAACCCACUCUCUCACGCUCUCUUUCCCUCUCACCCAAUCUCAUACGCUCUCCGUCCCUCUCACCCACUCUCAUACCCUCUCAUUCCCUCUCACCCAAUCUCAGACGCUCUCACUCCCUCCCACCCACACUCAUACGCUCUCAUUCCCUCUCACCCACUCUCAUACCCUCUCAUUCCCUCUCACCCACUCUCUUACGCUCUCAUUCCCUCUCACCCACUCUCAUACACUCUCAUUCCCUCUAACCCAUUCUGAUACGCUCUCAUUCCCUCUCACCCACUCUCAUACGCUCUCAUUCCCUCUCGCCCACUCUCAUACGCUCUCAUUUACCCACACCCACUCUCAUACGCUCUCAUUCCCUCUCACCCACUCUCAUACGCUCUCAUUCCCUCUCACCCACUCUCAUACGCUCUCAUUCCCUCUCAACCACUCUCAUACGCUCUCAUUCCCUCUCACCCACUCUCAUACGCUCUCAUUUCCUCUCAUCCACUCUCAUACCCUCUCAUUCCCUCUCACCCACUCUCUCACGCUCUCUUUCCCUCUCACCCAAUCUCAUACGCUCUCUGUCCCUAUCACCCACUCUCAUACCCUCUCAUUCCCUCUCACCCAAUCUCAUACGCUCUCAUUCCCUCCCACCCACACUCAUACGCUCUCAUUCCCUCUCACCCACUCUCAUACCCUCUCAUUCCCUCUCACACACUCUCUUAUGCUCUCAUUCCCUCUCACCCACUCUCAUACACUCUCAUUCCCUCUAACCCAUUCUGAUACGCUCUCAUUCCCUCUCACCCACUCUCAUACGCUCUCAUUCCCUCUCGCCCACUCUCAUACGCUCUCAUUCCCUCUCACCCACUCUCAUACGCUCUCGUUCCCUCUCACCCACUCUCAUACGCUCUCAUUCCCUCUCACCCACUCUCAUACGCUCUCAUUCCCUCUCACCCACUCUCAUACGCUCUCAUUCCCUCUCACCCACUCUCUCACGCUCUCAUUCCCUCUCACCCACUCUCAUACGCUCUCAUUCCCUCUAACCCACUCUCAUACGCUCUCAUUCCCUCUCAUCCACUCUCAUACGCUCUCAUUCCCUCUCAACCACUCUCAUACGCUCUCAUGCCCUCUCACCCACUCUCAUACGCUCUCAUUUCCUCUCAUCCACUCUCAUACCCUCUCAUUCCCUCUCACCCACUCUCUCACGCUCUCUUUCCCUCUCACCCAAUCUCAUACACUCUCCGUCCCUCUCACCCACUCUCAUACCCUCUCAUUCCCUCUCACCCAAUCUCAGACGCUCUCACUCCCUCCCACCCACACUCAUACGCUCUCAUUCCCUCUCACCCAUCACUAA